AUGGCAAGGAAGAGAAAAUGUCCUGGAACAACAUCCAAUCGCGCAGUGAAGAGAGCAAAAUCCGCCAAUCAUGAUCAGGAUGGUGUGCAGGAACGAUCGCCCUACUUGCACCAUUCUGUGCUGUCAUCCUUCUAUCCUAAUGUCUGCACGCUGAGGAAUUAUCUGCUAGCAGGCCUGCCCACCAGUUCUCGUGUGCGGAGACGGAAGCUGACGGGUUUUGGAACGGAUGAGGCAACUUCCAUCCUCGACACCUGCUUAGUGGGCUUGUUGACGCAACCUUCGAUUUCUGGCAAAGAGUCGCGCAGGGUUGAAUUUGCGACGUUUACUCAAACUCAAUGCCGUGCAACCGGGGCCAAUACAGGCCGAACCCAGCCGUGUUGCAUGGAUGAGAUUGCCGACUUUGUCAUCUGGUCGCUAUUCAGAGGCGACCUGACGAAGCGUGGUCGGCCUUCCCACAUUCUGUGUCAUGGUCUCCGAAGAGGAGCUGUCCACGAAGACGGUCGUGGAGCGGCGCCAACUUCCCUGCCUGGUAUCAUCCGGAGGCAUCCCAACAACAAUCUGACCGCUCUAAAGACUGCCCCGUGGUCGGAUAUCCUGCCUUUGCUGGGUGCAGAUGCUGAGGUCAUCUUCUCCAGUCUUCUUUUAGACUGUGGUAUUUUUACACGGAUUGAAAGUGGAAAGGACAACUAUUUCCAACUCAGUGGCAUUCCCAUUUCAGACUUGCCGGAAAUCAAGCCUGCUCGCACCGAGCGAGCUCAUACCAGCAAUGCGCGAAAGGAGCACGUCCUGAGUGUUGGUAGCAUUAGUUUUGUGAGGCACCGAAUGCUCUAUGCCAGGCCGUCUUUGAAUGCUGCUGGCAAGGUCAAAUUCGGACUCCAUCAUACCCACAUCCUACAGAGGCUCGCCGACGACACCGACCAGCGCCAGGCUGUUCACCUUCUGAAGUAUAUCUUCCCGCGGCAGUUUGGCCUCCACAAUGUCUUCCGGUCCAAAGCACGUGCAAACGAGACGACUCAGAAAUAUAGAGAUUAUACCUUUCGCGAACAGGAAAUCACUAGCCAAAGAAAGAGAUCACCAAGCUGGACUCCACGUCGACUCCGUGGCGAAACCAUUCGACUCGUCCGGAAGAUCCAACGGAAUCACAAAGCUUGCUCAUACAGCCAACUUCUGAGACACUACUGCCCUCUUGUUUCGAGCCAAUCUCAAGGCCAGCCUGCUCAACCCGCGGAUGCCGGAUGGUCCAUAUCUGGCUCCGACCAGUUGGUCACACAACACUUGCUCUCUGGGAUAUCGAAGGCGAAGGCGGACACGCCGGUCAAGGAACAUGACAGCGAUACCUCAUUCCUGCCACAUUCGACCCCUGUGGCUAGAGUAUCGGCGUUUUGUCGCGCUGUCAUCUCCAACUUGCUCCCACGCAAUGCCUUCGGAAGUGGACUAGAAGGUCAGGAAAAUCGCAAUAUAUUAUUGAACAAGGUCGACGGCUUUGUGCAGAUGCGCCGCUUUGAGAGUAUGACCAUGCAUCAUGUUCUACAAGGUCUCCGCAUAACCUCCAUUCCUUGGCUAUCCAACCACAGAGACCCCAAUCCAAAAAUGAGCAAAUCCGACUACUCGAAGCAGUGCGAGCUCUUGCAGGAGCUUAUGUAUUACGUCUUUGACUCGUUGUUGAUCCCGAUAAUCAGAGCACAUUUCUAUGUCACAGAAAGUUCUACCCAUCGGAAUCGCUUGCUCUACUUCCGUCAGGACGUAUGGCGGAAACUAUCAGAGCCCAGCCUGGCGACCCUCAGGUUGAAGAUGUACUCACCCAUGACACCUAGCAACGCCCGCCACAAACUGCAAUCACGCAGCCUGGGAUACAGCCAAUUAAGGCUGCUUCCUAAAGAUCACGGGGCGAGACCGAUCACCAACCUAAAGCGAAAGCAAUCGAAAACGGGCCCCGGGAAAAGAGUGCUGGGCCAAAGUAUCAAUACUCAGCUUGCUCCAAUCUUCAGCGUUCUCAACUUCGAACGUGCACGGAAUCCCUCGCGGCUGGGUUCUGCCUUGUUCUCGGUGGGUGAUAUUCAUGGCAGGGUGGCAGAGUUCAAGAGGACAGUCCCGCCCGGGUCUCGAUUGUUUUUCGCGAAAGUCGACGUCGAUUCCUGCUUUGAUACCAUACCCCAAGACCACCUCCUUCACUUGGUCGAAGAAUUGCUCUCUGAACCGUCGUACCGGACGACCAAACACAUAGAGCUGAAGUCGCUCGAUUCUGGAAGUCAAGUGCACGCCCAGGGCCUGAAACGAAAGUGGGCUGGCAUCGCUCGUCCAGCUGACGGACAGGCCGUGUUUUCGGAGACAGUGAUAUCUGGGCUCGCGGCAAGGAAGCGCCAGGUGAUAUUCUCCAGUGUGGGGCAGGAGAGCGUGUGGAGUCGGAAGUCCGUGCUCAAGCUUCUGCAGGAUCACGUCAGCGACAGCAUGGUCAAAAUUGGUAAGAGCUACGCGAAGCAAAUUGACGGCAUACCACAAGGCUCUGUUCUAAGCAGUCUACUCUGCAACUACUUCUACGGAGCCUUCGAGCGAAGCGAGCUAGGGUUCCUCCAUCCUCAAUCAUGCUUACUCUUACGACUGAUUGACGACUUUCUGCUUGUGACAACGAAUGACAAGCUUGCCCGAAGGUUCCUGGAGGUAAUGGCAAAUGGUGACCGGCACUAUGGCAUCCGAGUCAAUGCCGAUAAGUCCCUGGUCAACUUCGACGUGACUAUCCACGGCCGAAAGGUUCCUCGAGUUUCUGGCGAGGCUGCAUUCCCUUAUUGCGGAAUGGCCAUCAACGUCCGGACGCUGGAAGUGAAGAAAGACCGAGAGAAAAAGGACAAACAAGUGAGCAAUUCUCUGACCGUGGAGAGCUGCUCAAGGCCCGGAGUGGUCCUGAAACGGAAGAUCAUGGCCUCGCUAAAGAACCAAAUGCAUGCCAUGUUGCUAGACCUGUCCCUGAACAGCCGAGUCCAGGUGAUCUCAACGUUGGUUGGGAACUUUACCGAAUCAGCGAUGAAGAUGCACCAGUACAUGGUGGGAUUGGCGGCCAGGAAACGUCCGCCACAAGAGCUGGUGCGCGGUCUGGUCCAAGACUUGGUGGUUGCAGGUUGUAAGAUUUGCCGGGCGAGAAACAGUUCCAAUGGUCAGGUCCAGCAUAUCACUCAAGCGCAAAUGUGCUGGAUCGCAGCUGUAGCAUUCGAGAGAGUGCUCGAACGGAAGCAGAGCGAGUACAGAGAUCUAUUGGGGUGGCUAAGAGCUCUGAGGGAAUACGCACAGCCCAAGAUGAACAUGGGACAAGCGGUCCUUGCACGGCUCCUCCACGACAACAACCAAGCUUUUCAGGCCUAUGUGUACUGA